UCUGUCAAACGUCAGUACUGUGAGCAUUGCAGUUUGCGGCAGUCAGUGUAUUUACGUUGUGGAAAUUUUGUGUUUCUCGCUAUUUUAUGUGACACUUUCACCGAUAUAUAGUGACGCGAUUGUGUAACAUAAUUUCGUGUGCUCUAUUAAAUACUAACCGCUUAAGGGUAGAAAUUUAAAUGAUGACAUUCGGAACUUUGUAGGUCGUAUUUUUUUUCCGACAGACUUGUUUUUGUUGUGAUUUAAUGCGAAUUUAGUGAAUUAUCAAGCAGAAUACAAACAUAAAUUAUCUUACUAAUUGUCAUUUAAGUUCAAUAUGAUGACCAGAACUUCGAGCGUUUACAAACGAAAUUUUCUAUGAAGAUAAUGGGACAAUUUCACCGGACACCGUGUUUGAAGUCUUCUCUUGAGUGGUCGGAAAAGCUUGGUCAUCGCAUGCGUUGAUGGGCAGCGGCGCGAGCGGGGGCGGCGGGCGGGCCACGCGCGCGCUCCGCCUGCUGUUGCUGCUCGUGCUGGCGCUCGCCGCGGUCGAAUACCUCUUCGGCUCCAUACUGGACGCCUCGCCGCUCAAAACCUAUCUAUACACGCCGACAUACAACGCCACGCAACCUACGCUCAGAAGUAACGAAAAGGCACUAUCGCAGAAGCCGAAUAAAUCACCAACAGCCAUCCCUCAACCGGUGUUCGACGCGAAAAAUCAAACACAAAACAACACUUUGAUUAUAAACGCGAUCAUUACAAAAAACGAAACCGAGCUUAAAAUAAACACAACCCAAUAUAACAUGACGGUAACACAGAAAAGUCCGUCCAGCACGUCCCUGUUGAUCGCCAAGAUCGUAGAGGGCCUGAAGAAUCUCGUUACAACUGAAGGAGCGGUCAAGAAGCAAGACUCAGCGUUGCCAUUGUGCGACGUCAGUCCCCCAGACUUGGGACCAAUACAAGUAAACAAAACAGAUUUGGAGCUGGAUUGGGUGGAGAAGCGUUACCCGGAAGUACAGUGGGGUGGGCACUACGUACCGCCCAACUGUACCGCCAAUCAUAAAGUAGCUAUCAUAGUGCCAUACAGAGAUCGCCAACAGCACUUGGCCGUAUUCCUGAACCACAUGCACCCGUUCUUAAUGAAGCAGCAAAUCGAAUAUGGAAUAUUCAUAAUCGAACAAGAAGGUAACAAGGACUUCAAUCGCGCGAAACUGAUGAACGUCGGCUUUAUCGAGAGCCAGAGACUGGAGGCGGGCGGCUGGAUGUGCUUCAUAUUCCACGACAUCGAUCUGUUGCCGCUCGAUACGCGAAACAUGUACACGUGCCCCAAACAGCCGAGGCACAUGUCCGCUUCCAUAGACAAACUUAAUUUCAAAUUACCAUAUGAAGAUAUAUUCGGCGGCGUGUCGGCUCUAACGUUGGAGCAGUUCAUCAAUGUCAACGGAUUCUCCAACAAGUACUGGGGCUGGGGAGGAGAGGACGACGACAUGUUCUAUAGGUUGAAAAAAAUGAAUUAUUACAUUUCGAGAUACAAAAUGUCGAUCGCGAGAUACGCGAUGUUAGAUCACAAAAAAUCCGUACCGAAUCCAAAGAGGUACCAACUGCUGUCCCAAACGAGCAAGACGUACCAGCAGGACGGGCUCUCGACCCUCGAGUACGAGCUGGUGCAAGUGGUACAGUACCACCUCUACACGCACGUGGUCGCGAACAUCGACGAGCGCAGCUGAUGGACAUACCUCGCCAAGCUGCUGUUUGGCGACGACAGGUAACAUCAGCGUUGCGGAUAACGUAAAACCGGUGCUGCCAUAGACAAAAACUCAACAGUGAAUACGAAGUCACUUUAGUGUUGCCCCGUCAAAAAAAAAACAGUGUUACCAGUGCAUUUUCUGUUUUGCAUAUAGAUAAUGUCGUUUGAUUUUAAUUUCAUCGUGCCACGUUGAUCUCGUAACUCUGUUUAUAUUAUAUACUAUAUUAAUAUCGUUCGUCCUGGAUUCUUGCUGGUAAGGUCGAUCGAAAAAACGCGACUGAUUGUAGACUUAGAUAUUUUUGUAUUCCGUAUAAAAUGGUUUUCUCAUCAGCUCUUACUCUCUUGGACAUAUAAUGUGCGACUACAUUCUAUUAAAAGCAAUGACAUCCCAUUUCAAAUGCCAAGUAAUAAUCGAGUUAGGAGUCUGUGCUUUGAACUAGUUGCUGGAACUGAUCGAACUUUGCCUCCAGUGACAUUAAAACAAAUGUCAAAUGCCCUUUUCUUUGGAUCGUACAAUAAAAAACAUGCUUUAAGUCGACGUUAGCUAGAUUUAAAUCCGUGCGCAGUUCAUUUAAGAUGCUAUAGUGUAUUUAUCACUACUAAUAAACAAAUACUAUGAAAAAGAAAAUGAAACGAUAAUAAUUUUUUUUUUAUAUCUUUACAUUUAAUUUAAUUAGACUUUAUAAGGUGAACUUUUAAAAUUAAGUACAACGCUUUGAAUGCUUUAUUUGAAUCACAAAAGAUAUAUAUAUAUUUUUAUAAUUACUUUUUUUUUCAUUUCUAUAACUAUUUCGUAUGUUUUUUUUUUAUUUUAUUUCUUUCAUGUAACUAGUCGUUAAUACACAAAUUAUUAAAAUAAGCUUAGCGUAUAAACUUUUAUACCAAUACAUAAAUAAAUAAAAUAAACUCAAUUUUAUUAAUGUAAUUUAUGUAAGAACAAAUAAUAAUACUUAAUUGGAAUAUUAAUAGCGUGUACAGCUUGACAAUAUAGAUACAUAGUUGUUAAUGUUAAGAUAAGUUUAUCAAAAACGCUAAGAGCGUUUAACUGUGUAUGAAAAUAAUAAUAAUUAAAUAUGAAAAUGUUACAUAAUAUGUUUGUACCUUGGACGAGGCUCGAUAAAACAAAUCAGGAGAAAUCCGGCCGUUCAAAAGAAAAAAUAGCUUUUUUUUUUUAUCAUUUUAAUUUAUUGACCAUAUUAAUGAAUCUCUUUCAUUAUUAAUCUCUUAACAGUUUUGAUUUUUUCAACGCUGUGUCCAAAAGUACAUAGGCAAUACUGCCAAAAAAGUUUAUUUGAAUUGUAAUGGUAUUCUAAAAAAAAAAUGUUAAGACAAAGAGAUGGUCAGACAAAAAUAUUUUUAAUUUUAAUAUACUUUGACUCAGUUUCAUUAACAAACAGGAAAACUGUUUAAUUGAUAAUCACCGUUAUAAUUUAUCAAUUAAGUUCCUGAAGCCAUUAAAAUAAUGUCAAUUGAAAUAAUAAUAUUAAUAGUAUGGCCUAAUUAUUUUCAACUCUGUUCACACUGUGUCUAUGGUAUCUAGUGAUACAAGCCUAAAAAAAAUGUUUUCCAAGCGACCGUCAACAUGUUGUGCUUUAAUGCGAUAUUUAAAUUUCGAAUCUAUGUAUGUACUUAAGUUUUUUUUAUAAGCAUUUAAUUUAAGAACAGUUUGAUUCUCAAAAGAAAUUAAAUGAAAAUAAGCGUUAUAAUAUACGGCGCAAUAUUUGCCGUUUUGUUGAAAACUUCAGUUUAUAUAAUAAUAAAUGUACAUUAAUAAUAAUAAUAAAUAAUACGUUACCUAAAAUUUAGUAUUUAAGAUAAUGAAUGUGAUAUCGACGAUUUUGGAAAGACAUGAUUUUUAACUCAAAUAACAAUGAUCAUUCGAAUCUCACUGAACAUUUAAAUUCUUUAAAAAUAUUUAAAUAUAUUUAUUGUUUUUCGAGCAAUUAAAAUCUUCGGAACGGCCUAUAUUCCGGUUUCAAUAUGUAAGAUAACAAUGUAUGUAAAAUCUCAUUCGAAUUUAUCGAAGAAAAAAAAUCAUUUUAUUUGAGACAUACAGAGUGCAUCGUUCUUUUUUUUAGAUUUUCUGCAUUUACUUUAAUCUAUAAAAAAUAUUUUAAAAUCUUCCAAUACAGUGUGACCGACAGUACAGGCUUAGGACAUUUCAGUGUUACCAAUUACCAUGUGGUUGGUACAAUGCUACCAUAAUUAAGAUUUCAAAACCUUCAAUUUAAUCUAGCAAUUUAACUGAAAAAUAUAAAAAUGGUUCUAUUAUAACAAUGUAAUGAUAUAACGAUAUGCUCUACUGAAUUCUAUGAAAGCGAAAAUGAGUAAGUCUUAUAACUUGAAUCAUUUUCAUUCAUUACCCAUAAUUUUCGGAUAACAAUUUUGAUUGACGACUGGCAACAAAAAUUAGUGUUUUAAGCUUUUUUAAGAUAGAUACUGGACGAAACAGAACUGUGUCUGAAGACGAAAUGAUAAAUACGAAUUACCAAUAAGAACUCGUUUAAAAUUUUGCAAGUUUCCCAUUUACGAAUUAUAUGAUGAAUGUUACUUUCGUAAUCAGCGUCUUCGCUCAUCCCGAGACAUCGGGUCGCAAUCCCAACUGUAAUGUAGUAAUGGGUAGCCUUCAAACUGUAAGACCCUUUUGCGGGUAAAAAAAAGUCAAAAAACCCCAUAAAAGAAUAUUUUCCAUCACAAUUAUUUGAAGCAAAAGAGUUUUUUUUUUCGUUUCACUUGUCUAAUCGACAGUACUCGUAAAAAAAAAGCUUUAAAAGUUAUUGACGUAAACGGAACAUUGAUGAAGCUGUCGAUUCGGUAAAAAUAUUUCCAAUUUUAGAAAUUCACAACUGAUCUUACAAUUCUAAUUGAAAACAUUCUAUCGUUAGCAUUUAAAUCAUAUUGUAUCUUCUAAUGCUAUUGCUAUCCAUUAUGUACCUAAAGUAUAAUAAUUAAAUAUAAGUAACUAGCCAGGUGAUAGAUAGCUUAGACCUUGAAGUACUUAAAGGGAAGUGAUAUGCGAAAAGAUGUUUUUUUUUGUCAAAAUUGUUUCUUAAAAAAAUAAAUAUUUGUUUUUUAUUAUUA